GGCGGCGUGAGGGCGAUGGGGAGCCGCGGCCGGCGCCCCGGGGACAGCUCCUAGCGGCAGCCGGGCGGGGAGAGCGGCCGGACGGGGCCGGACGGCGCCAUGGCGACCUGCAUCGGCGAGAGCAUAGAGGAUUUCAAGGUUGGGAACCUCCUGGGAAAGGGCUCUUUCGCUGGGGUCUACAGAGCGGUGUCCCUGAAAACUGGUCUGGAAGUGGCAAUCAAAAUGAUAGAUAAAAAAGCCAUGCACAAAGUUGGAAUGGUACAGAGGGUUCAAAAUGAGGUGAAAAUACAUUGUCAGCUAAAGCAUCCAUCUAUACUAGAGCUUUAUAACUAUUUUGAAGAUAGCAACUAUGUGUACUUGAUACUUGAGAUGUGUCACAAUGGUGAAAUGAGCAGAUACAUAAAGAACAGAAAGAAACCCUUUUCAGAAGAAGAAGCCCGCCACUUCUUGCAUCAGAUUAUCACGGGUAUGCUGUAUCUUCAUUCUCAUGGAAUACUGCAUCGGGACCUCACCCUUUCUAAUCUCUUACUCACCAAUAAUAUGAAUGUCAAGAUUGCUGAUUUUGGACUAGCAACUCAGCUGAAAAUGCCUCAUGAAAAGCAUUAUACCAUGUGUGGAACUCCUAACUACAUUGCUCCAGAGAUAGCCACAAGGAGUCCACAUGGACUUGAAUCUGAUGUAUGGUCUUUGGGCUGCAUGUUUUACACUCUUCUUAUUGGAAAGCCACCUUUUGACACUGACACAGUCAAGAACACGCUGAAUAAAGUGGUGUUAGCAGAUUAUGAAAUGCCAAUCUUUUUAUCAAGAGAGGCGCAAGACCUCAUACACAAAUUACUUCGCAAAAAUCCAGCGGAUCGUUUGAGUCUUUCCUCUGUGUUGGAUCAUCCUUUUAUGUCCAGGUGUAGGUCUACGCGGAGCAAAGAUUCAGGAACUUCAGAAGAUUCCAUGGACAGCGGAAACGCUACCAUCUCUACAACCUUUACAGGCUCUUCCAGCAUCAGUACCAGUGGCUGCUUGAAGGAAAAGAAGAAGCUGUUAGUGGGGCAGCCGCUGCCAAAUAAAAUUACUUUUUUUCCUAAAAACAAGAAUUCCAGUAACAUUUCAUCUGUAGAUGGAAGUGGUUCUUUUCAUCAGUGGGGAAUUCAGGGAAAAGAAAUUGGCGUAACUGGCAGGGGAAGAACCAUGCAACCUGCUGAAGAGAGACCACAUUCCCGCUACCUCCGAAGAGCCCACUCUUCAGAUAGGUCUGGCGCAUCCCAUAGCCAGACUCAAGGAAUAUCGAAUAUUGUUGAGAGAUGUCACUCAAUGGAACUGCUUUCCAAGCCUAGAGCAGGAACAAGGGAAAACACAGAAUGCUUUUCACCUGCAAGCAGCUAUACUGAUGUGGGAGAAAUAUUUAAGGAAAAGACUUCUGGUAGUUCUGGUCCUUUUGAAGGGCAAAUGUCUCCACCUGUAAAAGAUCAACCACACUCAGAUUAUCUCUGCCCAAUGAAGCCCCACCUUGGUUUGUUAGAGCAGAAGUCCCAGGCUGAAACAAUGCAGCAGUGGCUUGGAAGCAUGCAAACAAAUGGUCAGCUGAGACCACCUGCAGACCUAACUGGCAGCAGUAAUGCACAUGGAGGUUUCCAGUAUCAUUUGGAUGUGCAGCAAGAUGCAUCAAGAAAUGCAUGGAACACCUUGAAAGACAUCAGGAAUCAUGAUGCAUCCCUUGACAUCCCUCCGCAUCCUUUAAACCAGAGAAACCCAAAGAAAUACAUCUCUGAAGUUCUCUGCCAGUCUGAGAAAGUUCAGUCAUCUUUGUGUGGCCUUUGGUCAACUACAGAACAAAACCAAGCAUGGGGCAAGGAACCACCAGCACAUCAGAAACCUACACUGCGAAGUAUAGUAUUGCCUCUCAGUGCUCACAGGCUAAAACCGAUCAGGCAAAAAACAAAAAAUGCAGUGGUGAGCAUUCUAGAUACUGGGGAAGUGUGUAUGGAGUUUCUGAAAGAGCACCAUUCACAAGAAUUUGUGAAAGAAGUUCUCAGAAUAUCUUGUGACGGAAAUGUGAUUGCAGUUUAUCAUCCAAACGAAGGAAGAGGCUUCCUUCUUGAUGACAGACCUCCUGCUCUUCCUGAAGACAUCUGUAUGUAUAAUUUUGACAACUUGCCAGAAAAGUACUGGAAAAAAUACCAGUAUGCAGCCAAGUUUGUGCAGUUAGUAAGAACAAAAACCCCCAAAGUUACCUUCUACACAAGAUAUGCCAAGUGCAUGUUAAUGGAAAACUCACCCACUGCAGACGUUGAAAUUUGUUUUUAUGAUGGAGCGAAGAUACACAAGACAGCUGGUAUAACUCGUGUGAUUGAAAAAUCAGGGAAAUCUUUCACUUUGAAAGGAGAAAGUGAAACAGGUUUGAAGAAGGAAAUACAAGUAUAUAUGGAUCAUGCAAAUGAGGGACAUCGUAUAUGCCUUGCACUGGAAUCUGCUAUUUUGGAAGAAGAAAAAAGGAGUGAAAGCGUUCCGUUUUUCCCAAUAAUUGUUGGAAGAAAACCUGGCAAUACUGAAUCGCCAAAGGCUCUAGUGCCUUCAUUGUUGGACAAUACAAACUGUUCAAAAGAAGUUAUGGCACUGGAUAGGAAUAUAGCUGCCAGUUCUACUGCAGUUCAGACUCCAAACUGUACUCCUGUGGUGUCAUAUGAAAAGUCCACACUUAUGACUAAUGCUGCUGAAGCUACGUGCUCCUCCAUUCAUCAGACAGAAUGCAGCCCAAAUUCAGCCCAACUUUUAAAAUCUGUCUUUGUGAAAAAUGUUGGUUGGGCUUCGCAGCUGACCAGUGGAGCAGUAUGGGUUCAGUUUAAUGAUGGAUCCCAACUGGUAGCCCAAGCAGGUGUUUCUUCUAUCACUUACACCUCUCCGGAUGGCCAGACAACUAGGUAUGGAGAAAACGAUAAGUUGCCAGAAUACAUCAAAGAGAAGUUGCACUGUCUGUCUUCUAUUCUUGUGAUGUUUACCAAUCCAGCUGGUCCUCACUGAUUAAAAAAAGCAAAGCAGGUGUUGGGGCACAAGAGCUUAAACUCACUCACUGAUAUUAAAGUGACUGAUUUUAUUCAGCUUAUCCAGAAAUUCUUCCAGAAAUUGGUUAAAAGAAUAGGAAAGGAAGGGUUGUUGUUUAUGUAGCAAAUUGCUUGUAAAGUACCUUACAAAACAUGUUUUUCCUCAAAAUGAUGGAUAAACUUGCUCAAGCAAGAUCUUGAGCAACUCAGUUCUAAAUGACCUCAACAUUUUGGAAAUACUCUGAAUCUAUUGUAUUUUUUCUUUCCCCACUGCUUACUCAAGUGCUAAAGAUCAAGGAAAAUGCAUCUGUGCUGUUGAAGUGUUUGUAUUUGUAAAUAACUUGUAUUUUUACGUCUUACAAGUAAUAUAUGUAAAUAUGUACAUGUUUUGUAACUUUGUUUUUAUUUUUGUAGCAGCAGCUUUUAAUUUCCCUGCACAAGCAUUUUAUACCAAAAAAAUAAAUGCAGUGGUAAUUGUCUAGACCUAUUUGUUUGGUAUUCAAGUUCAGAGAGCUUUUUCCUGUAAGUAGUAACUUCAACUAUACCAGAAGCUGAUGUAAUACCUUAAGAGCAUCAUAGGUUGGGAUUCAAAGGAUGGGUGAAGCUUGGGGCAAGAAAGUAUAAAGCUGUUCCAUGAAGUACCUUCUAACUUGUAGAACUUAAAAAUUUGCACAGUGGUUUAUUUAAUGUUUUACCUCUGCAGUAGAGAUCACUGAAAUAUGUACAGAUGACAUUUGAUAGGAAAGCAAAUUGCACAUGCUGUAGCUACUGAUCAAUUUGUUACUUCAUAGGAAUUUUAACUUCAGCUACUUUUAUCUUAUAUGUUAUGAACCACACUAUUAGAGAUAUGUAACAAAGUGAGGAGCACUAAGAGAAACUGUUUGAAAGCAUUUAACUUCACCUGUCCUGACACUUCUGCAUGUAUCAACACACUUUUAUUGAAUGACAGUAUGGUGAGAACUUAACUCUUAGUCUUUGAUAUACAUGUAUACACAUGCACAUAAAUACAUCCUUUUCAGAUAAAAUGUGCAAUAUUUUAAUUGUAAGAUGCCUGACUUUGAAGUACCAAGUUAGCCUUGAUGAGAUGGGGACUGGCACUGAAUAUUAAAAACCUGUAAUAUCAAUUAUCUUCUGUCUAGGCACAAUAUAGGUUUCAUGUGCCAACUCAAUGUACAUACAGUUGAUAAAAGCCUAUGUCAUCAAUACUAGAAAGUGAGGUGACACAAAGGGUUAGGAAAGGGAUGGGAUCAUCUACUUUGAAGUGUGACCAUUAAGUGCAGUUAGAUUAGUGUUAACCAGAAAACAACCUAUCAGGCCCUACCCCUUUUAACAAAGCAAAUCUUUUGUAAGAUGCUAAGGCUGAUAGUCUGUAACAGCUAUACACUAGCUUAGACAAGAAACUUGGGAAAACAAUUCUUGUGUCCUUUGUUUCUUGUUUGAGCACUGUAUGAAUAUAGCACUGUUUAGAGAUGCUGUGUUCCAAAAGCAUUCACCAAGCCCAGUUUUAUCCUUAACAUUUUAAAAGUAUGUACUCAUAUACACUUUCAUUAUGCCUUAACCAUCAGUACAAAUAUAGCUGUAGAAGAUGAAAUGCUAAUCCAUGCUAGCUCUUUUGAAAACUCCUGCUAGACUCUAGUUUCACAUGUCCACGGUAACUUGUGCUUGCUGUAAGUGCAUCCUCUUAGAGUUUGUUUCCACCACUAAAAUAUAGUGUUUGUGGUACUAUCUAUUAUGAGC